CAUUAGUUUGCCAUCAUUCGGCCGGUGCUCGUUUUGGCUCGUUUCCUACUCCGCGACGUUGAUUCCUACCAAUUCCUAUGCGCGUAGGUUUGGUGGGUUUGGUUUCGACGCGGCAAAACGCAAAACAGUGGCUGACUGGCGAGCAACUCGAGCAAGUGAGGAGACCGACAAGGGCGACGAGUAUAUUGUCAUCCGACGCAGCGGCAGAAUUGAUAGCAGAUAGGGAAGCUUGGCGCCUGUGUUGCGCGCGGUGGUCGCAAGUGACUCGUGGGCGGCCUCUCGACGCGGUGUCCCCGUCGUAAAUAUGCUGUGCUAGUACCUGUGAAUGUCCGACACGAUGAGCUUCUCCAGCGAUGAGGUCAACUUCCUGGUUUACCGAUACCUGCAGGAAUCCGGUAUGAACUCGCGCGGACUCAUAACCUCUGCGCGCGUGACCCGAGUCGCACACCAUCCGCGACGUCCGUUACUCGACUCGCGUGGCGAGAACGCAGCCGUGACUUCGACGACGCUGGCGAUUUCAUCUUCGUGCGGUCGAGUGACUGUUCGGCGCCGCGCCGACGAGACUAGUGAUUUUAAACGAGACCCCAAAGUUGUCAGGGAUUUGACGGAUUUUUAUCUAAUUUUGGCGUUGAAAUUUUUAGAGAAAAUAUAAAAGUUUUUGGUAUUUUUUAUAUUUUCCAAAAAUCUCUCCGUACGAUAAUAUCAAUUGACUCUCCAUUACUCUCUUUGGACAAACAAAUAUUUUCAAAAUCUUUAAUAAAAAUUGUACGAAAUUGAGAAAACAAUUAUAUGAAUAUACUCUAGAAGUUGUAAAUAAAAAGUCUGGGAGUUUCAGAAUUAAUCAAUCAAUUAUAUUGCAUAUGCCUGUCCAAUUAUAGUAAUUAAAGAAUUAAAUGUGAACUGAGUAUGUCAUACGAGAACAAUGGAGGGUUAAUUGAUAUUAUCACAAAGGAGUUUUUGAAAUGUAACAACAAUAAAAAUAUGGUUUCCAGCACUCUGCGUAUACGUUUGGUAUUGAGUCCCACAUAUCGCAGAGUAAUAUCAAUGGUGCUCUCGUGCCACCAGCAGCACUACUGUCCAUAAUUCAGAAGGGACUGCAGUACACAGAGGCGGAGAUAAUGAUAGGCGAGGAUGGCACCGAGCAGAGAAUGGUGGAGUCCUUGUCGCUCAUUGAUGCAGUCAUGCCAGAUAUCGUCGCUACGCGACAGAAUCAGAUCAAUCAGCAGAAACAGCAGGUGAAGAGUGAAGGUCAAGACACCAAUGGCGAAGAAGUUGUCACAUCCAAUGAAGGUGUAAAUAAUAACGACCGAGGUGGAGAUCGGGGAACGGAGAUGGAGGUAGAUGAGCCAACAACAGGCUCAAAUGCAGGUGCCAACGCCAGUACAGUCGAGAUUCCUGCCAGUAAAGCUACCAAGUUACGCGGUCACGAGUCGGAAGUGUUUAUCUGUGCCUGGAAUCCAACGACGGAUUUAUUGGCAUCUGGAUCAGGUGACAGUACUGCUCGCAUUUGGGACAUGUCAGACAAUUCGCAAGCACCAAAUCAACUGGUUUUACGUCACUGUAUUCAGAAAGGCGGUACGGAGGUGCCCAGUAACAAAGAUGUUACAUCGUUAGAUUGGAAGUGUGACGGUACAUUAUUGGCGACAGGAAGUUACGAUGGAUAUGCGCGAAUAUGGACGACAGAUGGACGGUUGGCGUCUACGUUAGGUCAACACAAAGGUCCAAUCUUCGCAUUAAAAUGGAACAAACGCGGCAAUUACAUUUUGAGCGCCGGUGUCGAUAAAACAACCAUUAUUUGGGACGCUGAAAGUGGACAAUGUACUCAACAGUUCAGUUUUCACUGCGCACCUGCUUUAGAUGUCGACUGGCAAACAAACACUUCAUUUGCUAGUUGCUCUACAGAUCAGUGCAUACAUGUUUGCAAACUUAACGUGGAUAAGCCUAUCAAGAGUUUCCAGGGACACACAAACGAAGUCAACGCAAUUAAAUGGGAUCCACAAGGAAACUUAUUGGCCAGUUGUUCAGAUGAUAUGAGUCUGAAAAUUUGGUCUAUGAAACAGGAUACUUGGGUACACGAUCUGCAAGCACAUAGUAAAGAAAUCUACACGAUCAAAUGGUCACCAACUGGCCCGGGAACACACAAUCCCAAUAUGAAUUUAACAUUGGCGAGCGCAUCUUUUGAUUCCACUGUUAGACUAUGGGACGUGGAAAGGGGUGUAUGCAUACAUACGCUCACUAAACAUACUGAGCCAGUGUAUAGCGUAGCAUUCAGUCCGGAUGGGAAGUUUCUGGCUAGCGGUAGUUUUGAUAAGUGCGUUCAUAUUUGGUCAACACAAAGUGGCCAGUUGGUGCAUAGUUACAAAGGUACAGGUGGUAUUUUUGAAGUCUGUUGGAACAGUCGCGGUGACAAAGUCGGAGCAUCAGCGUCUGAUGGCAGUGUAUUCGUCCUCGAUCUUCGUAAACUGUAAUUAUAAUUAUGUCCUAGAACUUCUACUUUGGACUAUUCAACAGUUUUGUUAUAAUUCUGUAUUAAGAAAGGGACUCUAUUGACUCUGAAAAACAAGUUUAAAAAAAAUUUUUUUUUUAAUAGAAAAAUAUUGAAAAAUCAGUAAAUAUUUUUACAAAAGUUGCAUCUGAAUUACUCAAUACUUAAAAAAAAUUCUUAAAAACUGUGAUUGAACAAAGUGGACUAUUGUUUUACUCAACGAAGUAUACUAGAUGUUUUAUUUUUAUCGUGUCUUAUUUUUUUAAUAUAUAGGGUGAGUUAAAGCACAAUUUGAAACAGAUACAUUUUUACACAUAAUUGAGAAGAGACAAAAAUAAUGGAGUUUGACUUGCAAAGUGAUCUCAUAUUUCUUUUUAUAUUUUUUAUUUAAAUUUUAAUUAUUAAAAUUUAAAUGAAAUUCUAUAAAUAAACUUUCUUAAAAUAUUCAAUAAUUUUUAACCACCCUCUACGUAUAUGCAUUUAAGUUACUUGAAUUUUUCUUCCAAUAUACUUAUAAAUUAUAUUAGUUAUACAUAUAAAUUUUAAGCUUUUGUCUUAAAAAAAUUAUAGGUGAUUGAAUAAAAUAAUUUUAAAUAUAAUAAAACGCGCAUUCUCAGUUUAAAAGAUAUUUUUUGUAUACAAUUCCCUUAAUAUUUCUUUACAAAUAAUAUGUGUGAAAAGAAAUGUACAUUAACAAUAUAUUUAGUCAUGACAUAAAGUAUUGUACAGCAUGUUAUUUGAUAAACUCUAUAUUUACAAAGAAAUAGAUAGCUACCUUUUAAUAUAAAUAACUAGAGUAUACUAUUCACAUACUCCAGUAAUUAUAACUACACAUAAUUAGAGUUGUAACUGUGAUAGUAUUAAAUAAUAUGUAAACAUUGACAAUGAAAGAAUAAAAAAUAAACUUUUUUAAAGAAA